AUGGCAACAUGGGGCAUCUCACUGUGCUCAAUCCUCGGGUCAUUGAGCCUGCUGUUGAACCUCUUUGUCGUUGCCGCCCUUCUAAAAAAUCGGAGACGUGUCCUGAAGAAUGUUUUUUAUGUGAUUGUCCUUCACUGUGCCAUUCUCGACGUAAUUAGAGGCAUCUGCUUGGUUCUACACGGUGUGCCGGUCAUGCUAUCACCGUAUUUCUCGAUAGGAAACAAGAUUUUAUUGUUAAAGAUGAACCGACAUACACUGGUUGUACUGCGAGCCUGUAAUUUAUUGACCAUCUUCAAUCUGCUUGUCUUUACUACAAAUGAAUUUGUUGUUGUGCGCUAUCCUCUACAUUAUAGACGCUAUAUACGGAGGCGUACUGCUAUUCUGGUGAUCAUCGUCUGCUGGUUCGUAUCUAUCUUUUUCGGGAUCGCUUCUGCCAUAUCAGCACCUAUCACCAAGAAUGAAAAUAGCAUAUUUGCAAAAAUCCAAAUCUCCACGAUCGCCCAAGUGACGGCCAUCACUCUUUGUUAUGUUUGUCUAGCCAUUGUUUUGAUCUGUUACGGUAAAAUCCUGCGGACAAUUCGAGAAUUUCACGGGCUUGAUGGGAAAAACGAAGCAUUUGGCGGCGAAGAAAGCAAGAAAAUAAUGCGAAACGGAAGCUUUCGAGAAAUGUUGACUUCCGGCGAGCCGAGCUAUUGCACAACGCGCUCCGAUUGUUCAAGUCGAGUCGAUUCCGGUCGCCGUACUCGAUCGCCAACUGUAUCCCGGCACAAGUAUCUUUUGGUGAUCGGCUCUGUACUAUUCGUCGAUGUUCUAUUCCUCUUUCCUUAUUCUGGAAUCCAGUUAGUAUCAUUUCUUCAUCUGCACAAAUUAAUCGGGCUAUCCCAGGUCUCGAAUCUGGCUCGUUGGGGUUUUCAGAUUUUGAUUGGCGUGCAUGCAGUCUGCCAGCCGCUUUGCUAUUUUCGGAUGACAGAGUUCCGGAGAAUCGCUUGUUGCAACCCGAGGAAACGAUUCCUGGGAUCCAAAUCAAUUAGCCAGCAUAAAUCAUUUGCAAAUACGCGGAGUCGUGAUUUUGAUGGUGGCGACCAUUCUUUUGUCUCGGAUCGACGUUAUUCAACGACGACAAUGAAAUGGCCCAACUCAAAGAGCAGUGAAUCGAUGGCAAUCCACUUGCGGACAAAUCUCCUUUGCGUCGAGCGACGCUACUCGAUCAGGUCCCCGACUGGAUCGUCUGAAAACAUUUCGCUCACUUGCUUAAACGCCGGCGAAACCAGCAUCUUGAAAAACGGCUAUGCCGUUCCAGCGAAUCUU